CAUUCAAACUAGCCGGAAACUUCUACAUGUAACCAGAAACCCAAGGAUGUUUCAAAAACCGUGUUUACAUGGGAGCGAAAAUCGAUUGUAGAAGUGAAAAAUCUGGCAGCUAAACAGCAUUUGCAGAAUAGGUUUUCGAAGUGUUUGCACCAGUAACGAAAGGCGGUUUUGGGAAUCCCAUGUAAACAUACCGCAAUGUUGUUUACCUACAUUUGCGCCACUUGCAUUUCCUCCCGCUCGCCGCGCCCUAUCAAUUGUGUGAAGAAAAGUGCGCUUGUCUUUGCAGAUAAAGUGAAGGGCGAAUGUUUGUUGAAAUAGGUAGACCAAAAUGAAUCAGAAGACGCCUGUGUCAGUGUUACAAGAGCUAAUGAUGAGAAGAGGAUACACUCCGCAAUACGAACUUAUUGUGGAUGGUACAGGAACUCACGAUCCAAUAUUUAAAUACAAAGUUACAGCUGCGGAUAUUACUGCAAUCGGUGAUGGUAGAGCUAAGAAGGAAGCGAAACACGAAGCUGCAAGGAAGGCGUUGUUACGACUCAACCAACCAGAUCCUGCUGUAAAUGUUGCUGAGGUUGAAUCACCGUACAAGGAUAAAACUCAGGAAAAUUCUGUUGGCUUGCUAAUUGAUUUGUGUGCUGGACAUAACUUACCGCCGCCUGAGUUUGAUCUUCUUAAAGACGAAGGACCAGCUCACGCCAAGCAGUUUACCAUGUCGUGUACCGUUUCAAAGAAUCAAAAGAUUGCAACAGGCCGAACGAAAAAGCAAGCCAAACAGCUCGCAGCUCAAAAGCUGUAUCAAAAAUUGAGGGAGUCGCUGGGAGAUAUUCCACCGGUUGAAGCAACCAAUAGUAGUCGCCAAAUCUCGGAAGAAGAGUUACAGAAAAAGUUAGAUCUUCUCGGGAAAUCGCCAUUUGCCAGCAAUUAUUCUAGUAGCAAUAAAAGUUACGGUUACAAGCUCCCAGAGGUAAUACAUUUGCUGAAGGAAUUGCGCAGUGAGACUCUAGAAAAGCUUAGGAGUGGUAAAGUUGAAAUUGAUAGCAGUGCACUAACAUUAACGGAAGCCAUAACAAAAGAACUGAACACAAAGCUGCAAACAACGACGACAUUGAAGUCCAUACAGAAGAAGGGUGAAGAGGAGAAACACCUUAUAGUUCUGAAAAUGGAGCUGGAUAUUACACUUGUUCAGUACGGAAAAGGACGCACAACAGAAGAAGCUACACAGAAUGCUGCUGCAGCUCUGUUAAAGAAUCUGCUCCUUCUGUCAGCAGGAAGGAGAUCUGGGUGAACUGUUCUCAUAAAAAUAGCCAUCUGCCCCUCCAAUGAUGUUUGUUCUCCGGCCAGUCACCUUUGUGCCUCUCUUUAACAAGAAAAUUGAAUUAAGUAUACUUAUCAUCAUCAUUUAUUUGUAUCUAAUUUCUUCUGUCUGUACUUUCAGUAAGAAUAUUGUAGGUCACCUACAUCAUUAGCUCACUUUACAUGACUAAUGUAAACAAAUUUAAAUGAUGAUUAAUAAUUCAACCUUAUAUAGGGGUGUAUGUUGUUUACUGACAAGGGCUCUUCACAGUAGUCAAAAAUAGCUUCACAACAUCAAUAAGUAGAUUAUCAUUUGCUACCAGAUUUAUCUAAAAGUUUCUAAAUAAAAUUUCAGCAAUGGUAUAGAAACUGUCUAGAAUAAACAUUUUUUUUAAUGUCACCAUUUACCUGUAGCAUCAACUAAUUAUUGAAUUCUGGUCCAGUAAGUAAUUAUAUUGGUUGUGUUUGUGUAAAGACAAGACAUUACAUGUAUGUAGUGCUUUGUCAGCAUUAACAGAUACUACAAAUAAAUGGACACAAACUGUAAUUACUUGUGUCUGAUAUAUAGUUUAUGUAGUUACAAGGUAAUGAAAUGUAGGCCUUUGUUUUUAGCACAAUUCAGUAUAAGAGAUGACACUUUUCCAUUAGUUUGCCCACUGAAACUGUUUGUUUUAUUUGUGUGAUUUAUUUCUUUGGAAUUUAGUUUAUUAGAAGAUUUUGAUGUCUGUGUGUAAGAGGGAAGUAUCUGGUGGAGAACAGAGACCACCCUAUCAUGUAUGGUGACAGAUUCAAGGUGAACAUUUUUAUGAUGUGAUCUAAUGAAGAGAACAAGGACACCAAUAGCAGUUUUGUAAUUAUGUUUGUGAGAUUAUGUAAAUUAAAAUGAUCAAUAUUAUUUAUAUUAGUGGAUAGCAGGAUUAAUAUCUUCUUUAUUUGUUGAGGCACAGCCUCUUAUGCAGGCUGAAAAAGUAUGACCAUUUAAAUAAUUUUUAGGUGCAAAGAAAGUAAAAAUGGGAACAGAUGGCAGUUUCAUAUUUCAGUCUACAUAGUCAAAUAUACAUUCACUUAAUUGUCACGUUCCACAGCUACCAUCAAGGAGAACCUUCAGGAAUGUGGAAAUUGCAGAACAUAAUUUACAUCUGUGUUCUGCGAACCACUGUGAGGUGCGUGGCAGAAGGUACAUCCCGCUGUACCAGUUAUUAGGGUUUCUUCCUGUUCCAUCUAUAUAAGGAGUGCAGGAAGAAUGAUUGAUUGAAUGCCUCUGUGCAUGCAGUAACUAUUCUGAUCUUAUCCUCACAAUCCCCAUGUGAGCGAUACAUAAGGGGCUGUAGUAUAUUUCUAGAGUUGCCAUUUAAAGACUGUUCUUGAAACGUUAAUAGCCUCUGUCGGGACAGUUUCUGUGUAACUUCAAGAGUCUGCCAGUUGAGAUCCAUCAGUACCUCUGUAACACAGUCAUGGAUCAGACAAACCUGUGAUCAUUUGUGUUGCCCUUCUCUGUAUACGUUCAAUAUCCCCUGUUAGUCCCAUUUCAUACAGGUCUCACACAUUUGAGCAGUAAUCUAGAAUCUGUUGCACAGGUGAUUUGUAAGCAAUCUUCUUUGUAGACUGAAUUCACUUCCCAGUAUUCUAUCAAUAAACUGGGGCGUAGUACCACCCACUUUAUGUACAACUGAAUCUGUGAUCAUUUCACUUCAUAUCCCUGCCAAGUGUUAUAGCAAGGUAUUUGUAAGAGGUAGCUGAUUCCAACAGUGACUCAUUGAUAUUAUAGUCAUAGGAUGCUACAUUUUUUUUCAUUUUGUGAAAUGCUCAAUUCUACUUUUCUGAAAAUUUAAACCAAGUUGCCAAUCUUUGUACCACUUUGAAAUCUUAUCAACUGACUGAAUAUUUAUGCAAGGUUUCAUGACAGUGCUUCAUUAUAGAUAACUGCAUCAUUUGCAAAAACUCUGAGGUUACCAUUAAUAUUAUCCGCCAGGUCAUUAACGUACAACAUGGUCAGAAAGAGCCCCAAAACACUUCCCUUUGGCACACCCGAAGUUACUUCUACAUCAACAACGGCUUCCAUCCAAGGUAAUAUGCUGUGUCCUCCGUACUAAAAGGCGCUCAAUCCAAUCACAAAUUUCACUUGACACUGCAUAUGACUGAAGUUUUGACAGUAAAUAUAGGAAUGGUACUGAGCAAACACUGUACAGAAAUUAAAAAAUACUGCAUCUACCUGACCACCUCGAUCCAAAGCUUUCAGUAUGUUAUGUGAGAGCGGUGUGAGUUGGAUUUCACAUGAUCAAUGUUUUCUGAAUCCAUGCUGGUUGACAAGGACGACGUCAUUCUGUUCAAGAAACCUCACUAUAUUUGAGCUCAGAAUAUGUACUAAGAUUCUACAGCAAAUUGUUAUCAAGGCCAUUUUACGGUAGUUUUGUGGGUCACUUCUACUACUUUGCUUCUAGACAGUUGUGACCUGUGCUUUUUGCAAAGAACUGGGCAUGGUUUUUUGUUUGAGAGAUCUACAAUAGAUUAUAGUUAGAAGAGGGGCCAACUCAGCCACAAAUUCCAUGUAGAAUCUGAUAAGGUUUCCAUUUGUACACUGUACUAGCAAUAGCUGUGAUGUGCUAUUUAUAUUCAUAGCAACAAAAUAUGCCCUUGUAAAUUACAAGGAAAGCUGAAAACCUGCUGGUUCCUCAGUUAUAUUAAAUAGCUUAAUUUUACUGAAUAAAUACUUUUUUACUGCCCUCCAAAAAAUAAUUCCACAGAUAGGAGGGUAUGAUAAUAUUCAGAAUUAGCCAACAAUCUUUUCUUUAGGUCAGUGCAAGGGGAGAUGAUAUUUCCACGGACAAAACACACUCAACAGAACCUUUAAUUAGCUUAUGUAUGUGUCGUCCCCUUCUCAACUUUUUACCUUCUUUGACCCGUGUUUCAUUUGUUGUGUGACUGUUAGUGUCUACUGCUGCUAGUAUGCCAUUCUGCAUGUUUAAAAUUAUGUGACAUCUUUGCCAGCUUUAGACAACUGCUGAACACCACUUAUAGGCCUCUUUGGCUACCACCUGAUCUGUCUGGUAAGGUAGAGUUUGGACCCAGGAUUAGUAUGCAUGUGUCAUCAGCAAACAUGAUAAAACAUGUGUGACUACCUUGCAGACAUGUUGGCUUUUAUUGUUUUUGCAACUAAGGAGGGUUUUUUCCCCACCUGUUCUUGUUCCCUGUGAUCACCAAAUGUAGUGGUAGUCAGUCUUUAACAAAGUCAGAAUUAAGUUAUUGGAGAAGAAAUUAGUCAAAAUUAACUUUUAUUUGUGGCAUAGCAUCACUAAAUUAAAGCAUCAUCAAACAGUUUAUUUAGUUUCAAAUCAAAUUGAAAUACUUAUAAAGUUGGUUUUUAAUAGACAUUUUGUGUUACAAAUGAAAUUUGUCACUGCAGUGUGUAGGUAUAAGUCAGUAAAUCACUAUCAUUUUAUGGUCAUCAGUUAGAAUGACCUCUCACCUCAGAAUUUAAUAUUUUAAAUAGUUAUUUACAUAGUACAUACACUGGUUCACAGAACAAAAAUACUUCCUAUAAAGUGAACAUUUGACACACACUCACACACACACCUCUUCUCUGAUAGCUGUAUGUAGCCAUUUCUUGUGGUCAAAAGUUUGUUGUGAAAGAGGUUUACAGUCGAAUAAACACAAUUUAUACAAA